UUUAGUGUUAUACAUUUUUCUCUGUGUGGAAGAGGUUAAGCUUUAACUGGUGUGUGGUUUUAUUUAUUUUUUCCAGUUUACUAACCUGUGGGUUGAUGUGCUUUUUUCUAUCUCUCUUUGUAUUAAUACACUUCUUGUCAGCAGACAUGUUCCACUGCUCUUCCAUCUGAAGUCUUGAUGAAAACAUAUGUACUGAAAACUAUUUAGUUUGAUCAUAUUUAGCAGCACACUGUAUGUCCUUUUCCCUAGUAUUAGUUUUCAUAUCUGCUUCCUCUUUUUUUUUUUCUUCCUCCCUGCAUUUUUUAGUGUUAACGUAAUCAAAGAAAAGUAAACAUGCCAAAGAAUAAGUUUCUCUGCAUCUCAUUUUCUCUUUCAGAGGAGAAUCAGCCAAAGCAGGAGGAGGAUUUGGGAGUUCAGUUCACUGACAAGUUCAUCCAGGAGCCAGAUAAUAUCACACUUCUCCUCACACUGUUGGAGGAGUUUGACUUCCAUGUCCGCUGGCCAGGUGUUAAGCUCCUAACUGCACUUUUGAAAAGCCAGUGUGCUCCGGUCCAAGGCAUCAUCCUGGUCAGCCCAAUGGGUUAGUCCAAAAAUUUCCUUUUCUCUUGUAAUUAGGAAAGCAUCAUUGCAAAAUGAAUGUGUCUGAUUGUUUAGAACUAUUUGCUGGUACCAGUGGUCUGCUUUUGUUUGAAAACACUGAGAAUUACAUGCAAAGUUCUUGUGAUAAAACACAAUUUAUUUUUUGAAAGAAAUUUUCAAAUAA